AUGGAUGAUUUCGAUGCUGCUGCAAGUAUGUGGACUGAAUUGGAUGGCUACGGUUUGACUGGAAAGAAACUUGCGGUUUUUAGCAGAAACGAUGCAGAAUCAAUUGCAAAUCAACUCUGUCGCAAGCUGGGUAUCAUUUGUGAGGUCUCUCAUGUUGAACUGGUAGGAACCUGGAUAGAGGAUGCCAAACGGGCCGAGCCCCUGGCGAAGCGUUUGAGAGGUGACCUAGUACAAGAUCCCUUGCAUUCAGUGCUGGUUGAGGAACGUAGGAGUUUAUCUGGUCAGAGUAGCACUGGAUACAAAGGCAGAGUUGAAGCGGAGUUGGUUGAAGAGUUUGGGUCGAGACCCUCCAGGAGAAAGCCGCAGACAGAGGAGGAGCAGCAUGCACGUAAACACAAGGAGGCACAGCAGAAGGAGUUCUGGUCGAGAGAGUUAUAUCUGGAACUUAAAAAGUUUGAUGCACCUGCCCUGGAACAUCUUGAACACUGCGUGAGUGACCGUCAUCUAAAUAUGGCUUUGGCGGGGCGUACAAGGUACAACACACUCAAGAGGUACGUCAAGACAUGGAUGGCCUUCAUGCAGUGGCUUACAGCGGUAAAAGGGGCGCUGGAAUAUCCGGUGCCUGGUGAUCUGGUGGAGUAUCUUUUUGCAAGAUAUGACGAGCCAUGCGGGCCCACAGUCCCGGGUUUGAUAGUGAAAGCAAUAACCUGGAUGGAGCGCAUUGCAUGUUUGGACAUGAGGAUGCGUGUGGGUGAGUCACAGGUGGUAGCAUCAGUGCGUGACUACAUAGUAGAGAUGUUGUCGAGGGAUGCACCCCCGACAAAAAGAGCGCCGAGAUACCCAGCGGUCUUCUUGGAGGCUUUUGAGGCCAUGGUGGACAAUGAAGGCUUGGUACUGGGUAUCAGACUUAUAGCAUGGCUGAAGUUGGUCAAGCUCUGGGCAUCACUGCGAUGGGAUGAUAUACAGAAGAUCAUUCCCAAAGAACUCAAGUACUAUGGGGGGCGCAUGACAACAAUCCUGCGUGUUACAAAAACGACAGGCCCGACAAAGAGAGUACAAGAACUGCCGGUCUGUGUGUCUGAGCAUUCAUUUGUGGUGAGCCCCUUUUGGUUGAAAACAGGUUUUGACUUGUUCAAGGAGCAUGCAUGCUUUGAGAGGGACUAUUUGUUGCCAAAGUUGAACAAGGAAUGGUCUGGUUUCCGUAGGGUCAUGGCUACAUACAAUGAUGUAUCUUCGUACUCUGCAGUGGUGCGCAAAACCGCCAAAAGGCCGGGGACUCAAGAACCUUUGAUCGACCCUGCACUGGCUGGUUUCUGGACGGAGCAUUCAGAGAGAGCAACAUUGCCUACUGGCCUAGCACUGCUUAGGGUGGCCAAGGAGGAACGGGACAUGCUGGGUAGGUGGAAACCGGAUGGCUCAGAUACAUACAUACGCAUGUACAACGGAGUAGUGUCCCGACUGCAGCAACAGUUUGCCAGGGCCUUAUGCAGCGGCAAUCGCACAGCACUCUUGGAUGAGAGAGAUAUCAUAGAAAGUGCAAAUUCUUGGCUGGCGGAUAGGUGUGAUCCUAUUCCAUAUGAUCAGUUGCAGUCGAUGCUUGCUCACUUGGAGGAUUCACUUCAGUGCAAGGUGCAAUCUGGCUGGAGGUUAGCUGAGGAUGACGAUGGAGCAGAAGAGCCUGUAGGACUACCCGUGGAAGUAGGUGAUACACCGGUUGUAGAGAGCAAGACAAGCAUUGAAAAAGAAUCAAGGAAACCUUUGUAUGUGGUGGUCAACAGUGGCAGGCGAUGUAGGCGUUUGCAUAAGAGCCAAGGUGGAUGCUGGAUGGGACGUGAGAUGACGUUCAAGUCUUCAACAGAGUUCUUUCAGAUGCCAGAUGAAACCUCCUUCACACAUGUCUGCAAGGUAUGUUGGCCGAAGGCCAGCGUGAGGGAGGCCAUUGAGGAAGCACUGAGAAAGGGUGGAGCUGACCUUAGAUUCACCUUGUCAAGGAAUGAUGUGGAUGAUGAUCUGCAGGCUGCAUUCUUUACCAAUGGCAUCACAACAAUUCAGAAGUUUUCUUCUUUCUUCCGUUCUGAAGAUGAUCUGAUAGAAGUCAUGAGGGAUUCGUUUGCAACAGAUGCAGCAAAUGGGUUGGAAGCACGGGCACAGCUGGCUUCAGUGAUAUGCGCCUGGCGGGAGACUCAGACAAAACAAAAGCGUCAGGCAGAAGUUGAAGCAGAGAUGGACACACGUGAAUGGACGAAGCCGAUUCCCACUGGUGACUACAUCAAUUUACGAAAUGCCUUCAUGAGGGUCCAUGGGAAGAUUGAAGAUAAAGUAACACCGUCAAAAGAAUACAUGGAGAAAAAGUUGCAAGAGCUUGAGAACGGUGAAUUCCGUGCGGAGUUGCUCUCAGAGGUGGUCUCUAAGGAUGAGGUGGAUCCGGACAUCAUGGUGCCGAUCUUUGAUUCAAAGGGGGCUUUGUCAGUUAAAAAGGGUUCGACAACGGUGGCACUUCCAACAGGUCCUGAACAGCUUAGGCGUCGACUGUCAGUGAUGUUGCAUUGCAUUUUGAUGCUAGCCUUGAAGCAUACAAACCGUGAAGAGAUUCAGGACAUGAGUCGUGACACUAUGGAACGAUACAAGGACUACAUCCUUGGUGACUACGUCUGGGGCUUAUCAUCAACUGACUUGCAGGGAAAUCAAAUCCAGACGCCACCUUGGAGUCUGGUCCUCAGUUACGAGCAUGCAGUGAGGAAACGUGCUUACAGCUUGAUGGUUAGUGAUCAUUUGAAACUAGGGGCUGCACUGGAACAGGCAUGGGGCAUUUUAUUACACCAUUGGCAUUAUACAGCAAACGUUCAAACCCUUCCGCAUCUUGGGGCGACUGGAACCCAAAGGGCAGGCCUUGGAUACAACAGGUUCAGUCUGACCGAAGGUACAGCGGAACAGCAAUGGAGGGGGCACUGCGUCUUCAAAGUGGAGAUGGUCGACAUACAGAUCAAACCCCACCUAGAUAUCACCAAGGAAUCAGUUCAGCAGCAGUUGCUAAGCAAGAUAGCGGCUGGCAGAUAUUUUGCAGUGCUCCUGAGCCCUCCAUGCAGCACAUUUACCAGGGUGACCUGGGCAAACCGCAGGGGGCCGAGACCAGUUCGAUCCUUUGUGAAACUCAGGGGAUUCGACAGGCUAUCAUGGCCGGAACGAAAAAGGGCAAAUUGGGGUAACAUUUUGACAGAUUUCUCAUUUGAGGCUUUUGAGAAGCAGAUGGUUCAUGCAGAUGCGAUGGCACUUUACGAGAACCCGGAAGAUUUGGGUGCCAUCAGAGCUGGAGAAAACAGGGGCAUACGACCCGGAAGCAUGUGGCAGUUUGAAAAAUUUUCUGAGCUUUUACGUUUGGACAAUGUUGACACUGCAGCGUUUUACCAAGCUGACUUUGGUACAGACUAUUUGAAGCCUACAAGACUUUUGUUAGGUGGUUUUUCAGUCCUGCCGGAGCAACUAGUGGCGGGGCAACCUUGCUUUGAUGACCAGGGUUUUUAUGUAGGUCCACUUGCAAAGCGUUCUGCAAAGCGCCAACUGGUGGGAAACGUUGGGAGCCAUUUUGCAACUAAAGGCUCAGAACAAUGGCCUUCAAAGAUGUGCAAGUGGAUAGCAACAGCCAUUUUGGAAAAAUUUUCUGCCCUUCAAGCCACUGCAGUCCUCGCUGACGAUGGAGAUCUGGGGACUACCUCGGACAGACAGGAACAGUAUAAAGUUUUACAACCAGACGGCAGGAAGCUGGCUGGAGGAGUGGGGGAACCCCGCAAAUGUCAACCUCCCGGCAAGGAUAGGCUUUUUCAUGACGGUGCUGGACUGCUUUCAAUGGGACGUUGGGAUGUUGAAAACAGGAUUUGGAGCAUGGGAACGUUUUGGAAGCAGUUGAGGCAGGGUACAAUUGCCUUAAUUGAGGCGCACCUGGGCGAUCCGAGAGAGCUGGAUAGAGCAUGUUUUGAGAUGGCAGUGAAAGGUGAAGAGGGCUGCAACAUAGUCCGGGAUGAGAAGCUGAAGCAUGAGAUUAGGAAAUACUGGAUCUCCCUGCUUAGACAACACGGGUCGGCACAAGCGGACCUGGAACAUGUUGCAGAGGGUCAACCUUUUUACCUCAGGUUGAUGAAGGAGCUUUUGGCCUUUGGGGAGGACGCCGACUGUAACUUCCUGCUGCAGGGGGAGACGGGGUUCCCAGUGGGAGUGUUGAAUCCACUCCCACGCACCCCGCAUGCUUACGAAGAGCAAACUUCUUGGCGGUUGGAGGAUGAGCCCUUCAUGCAGGAGGAAGUAUGGCGUUCAAAUUACCAAUCGGUUGAAGAUCAUGUCCAGUUCAUCAGGGAGCACUUUGAGGAGGAGUGCAAUGAAGGGCUCAUGGAAAAGCUCACCAUUGAGCAGGCUAAAGAGCGAUACGGUGACAGAAUUGCGAUUUCUUCUCUGGCAGUGCUGGUGGAAGAGAACCAUCAGGGAAAGAAGAGGGUGAUACAUGAUGCCACCCACGGGACGAAGGUGAACAACAGGAUCAGAUGCAGAGAUAAGACUAGGAGUCCUAGUGCGAGAGAAAAACAAUACCUUCUGGCCUACUUUCAAAGGAACAGAAGCUCCGUGUUCAGCCUGGUGGGUGACAUCAGCAAAGCGCACAGGCGCUUCUUGCAUGCGCCGGAGGAGCGGGGCUUGUUGGCAUGUCGCAUCCUCGAAUCCGACCCAUUCAUUUACAUCAACAGAGUGGGAACCUUUGGCCUGGCAUGCGCGUCAUAUUGGUGGGGGCGUAUUGCAGGAGCUGGGAUUAGGCUCACUCACGAGCUUCUGGGACCCACCAUGCCGGUGGAGCUACUCCUUUUUGCAGAUGACUUGGAGGCCCUGGGGGCCAGCGCUGGUGGGAGACGAGGGAUCACUCUGGCCUUCCUUUACAUGUCAGUACUUGGUUUUCCUUUUAAGUGGGCAAAGCAGCGAGGUGGUUUGCGUGUGGAGUGGAUAGGCCUUUUUACGGACUACACUGUAUACAAGCUGGGCUUAUCGCCAAAGCGGGCGCGAUGGAUGCGCGACUGGGCCCUGGAGCUUGCCCAGACUGGUGUUACAACCUCAAGAAGUUUUGAACAGGGAUUGGGACGCCUGGGGUUUGCAUCUCUGGCGUUAACAUGGGAAAGGCCCUUUUUGGGGCCCAUGUACAACUGGAGUGCGGCAGUGCGCAACAAAACGGGUGCUUUGCGUGUGCCGGCCAUGCUUCGAACCAUUCUCAAGUUCUUGGCAAGGCGUUUUGAGUCGGGCGGCGAUUUGCAAAGCCCUCCUCCACUUGAGAGACCUAAAAACAGCGGCCUCACCUUCUACACUGACGCAAAGGCUACAGAAUCUGGCGCUUGGAUUGGUGGUUUCAAGCAAGACUCGGAAGGGAAGGUGGUUUCUUGGUUUUCAGAAGAGAUCUCGCCGGAAUGGGCACCUUGGCUACACCUGAAAAGGGAUCCUAAAAGGAUCAUUGCAGCUCUUGAGCUCCUCGCGAGCUUGGUGGCAGUCAAAUUGUGGAUGCCUACGACAGAGGGAGCAACCGAUGCAGUUUGCUGGAUAAAAGGGAAGACGGACAACCAGUCCAACACAUAUGCAAUUUCAAGAUGGAUGAGCACAAAAUUUCCUUUGACGGUUUUUAUCAUGGAGCUGUCAGAGUCUUUGAGAUGUGGCCGCUGCUGUUUGACACUGGACGGGAUACCUCGCGAGGCAAACCAGAUGGCAGACGACCUCACGAAUGAAAAAUUUGACAGCUUCAACCAAGAGGACAGGAUACGGGCCGACCUCGGUUCCACGGGGGUUCAGGCACUCGGCGACCCAUUAAAGAUGGGCUGUGCUGAACGUUGGACCAGGUUGUGGUAG